CCACCGCCCGGGCGCUGCCGUGGCCGGGAGGAUGAAGCUCCUUUGGCUGGGGGUGGAUGUCUCCCGGGUGCUGCACCUCGCCGCCGUGUUCUGCCUCACCUGCGUGCUGCUGAAAGCCAUCCAGCUGUACCGCCGGCGGCGGGAGCUGCUCAGAGCGCUGGCCGACUUCCCCGGACACCCGACACACUGGCUCCUGGGUCACGUCCAGGAGUUUCUCAAGGAGGAAGAGGCGCUGGACAAGGAAGAGACCUGGGCACAGAAGUACCUAUACGCUCACCCUGUCUGGUUCGGGAGUUUCUCAGCAUUCCUGGUUAUCACUGAUCCUGACUAUGCCAAGGCUUUGCUGUCCAGAGGAGAUCCCAAGGAUAACGUCAGCUAUAAAUACCUUGUCCCGUGGAUCGGGAAUGGGUUGCUGAUCUUACACGGGCCAAAAUGGCACCAACACCGAAGACUCCUGACUCCGGGCUUUCAUUACGACAUCUUGAAACCAUACGUGGCCCUGAUGGCAGAGUCUACUAAUGUGAUGCUGGAUAAAUGGGAACAACUGAUCACAGAUGGAAAACCGGUGGAACUCUUUGAACAUGUCAGCUUGAUGACCCUCGACAGCAUCAUGAAAUGUGCCUUCAGUUGUCACAGCAACUGCCAGACCAACAGGAAAAACACCUACAUCCAGGCUGUCUACGACAUGUGCCAAAUGGUACAUCAGCGCCUCCGCAUCUUCCCUUACCACAAUGAUAUCAUUUACUGGCUCAGUCCCCAUGGAUUUCGGUUUAGGAAGUACUGCCAGCUUGCUCAUGACCACACAGACAAGGUGAUCCAUGAGCGAAAGGAGUCCCUAAAAGAUGAACAGGAAUUUGAAAAGAUCCAGAAGAAGAGACAUUUGGACUUCUUGGACAUUCUGCUGUGUGCCAAAGAUGAGAACGGAGCUGGGCUAUCUGAUGAGGACCUGCGUGCUGAGGUGGACACAUUCAUGUUUGAAGGCCAUGAUACCACAGCCAGUGGCAUCUCCUGGCUCUUGUACUGCCUGGCAUCACAUCCCGAGCACCAGGCACGGUGCCGGGAAGAGAUCCAGGGGAUCCUGGGAGAGCGGGAGACGCUUCAGUGGGAGGACCUGGGCAAGAUGACUUACAGCACCAUGUGCAUCAAGGAGAGCCUUCGCCUUUAUCCACCAGUGCCUGGUGUGUCCCGGCAGCUCAGCAAACCCAUCACCUUCCCUGAUGGUCGCACCUUGCCAGAAGGCAGCGUUGCUGCGAUAAGCAUUUAUGUCAUACACAGAAACCCUGCAUUCUGGAAAGACCCUUUGGUGUUUGACCCAUUGCGGUUUUCCCCGGAGAACGUCUCUGGCAGGCACUCUCAUGCCUUUCUGCCUUUUUCUGCUGGAAUGAGGAACUGCAUCGGGCAGCAGUUUGCCAUGAACGAGAUGAAGGUGGCGCUGGCCCUGACCCUGCUCCGCUUUCAGCUCUCCCCUGAUCCUGCCAAGCCUCCCUACAAAAUACCUCAGAUCAUUCUUCGCUCCAAGAACGGGAUUCACCUGUAUCUGAAGAAAAUCCGCUGAUGCUGGAAAACAUCCUGUCUCUGAUGGAUGGAGGGACAACAUUUCUCUGGGGCAAAAGGUGCAGGGCAGGAUUUGGGGAUGAAGAUUUCUUAUUUCUGUGCCUCUUCCACCAGCUGAAAACCCUUUUCAGGCUGGGCCCAGCUAGCCUGGAUGGCCUUGCACAGACCCAUUGCCAUCGGCUCUGUGAGCACCAAUCUCAGUGCAGCCGUGCAUGGCUGUCCCCUUGCCCUGUUGUAAGGGAAGGUCCCACCAGCUUCCUCCUUACCAAAUCCUGCCUUUAUACUCAUGUUCUGGCCUAAUCCAUAGCUGUUCCCAGCCCUGCACCAUUGUCAGCACCUUCCUCAGUGCCUACGGGUCAGCCCCUGCAGCAGGGACAGCCUAUGGCAGACCUCUGCCUCUUUUUUCACACUCAAUCUGACUGUUUUGUUGAAAACACUGGUGCCAGUUUGGGCUCAGAAAUUCUGCCUGAACUGCAAAAUACUCUGUAAUUUUUGUGUUAAUAAACCAAUAAUUAUUCCUGUAACAGCA